UUGCCAUCCAUCUCCAUCUGGCAUCGGCAUCCUCCUUACAAUUCCGCUUUUCUACUCAGCACAAACAGACAAUUGCAACUCCAUCCACCCGUCAUCACCGUCUACUGUGCUUCCCACGAGCCGAACGCUAAAUACCUCUGCCCAUUCGUUUGUCAUCCAUCACAGUAAAUAUGCUGCAGCCGAGGAUCUGAUUGUUUGGACCUCAUGCGCUCGCUGAUUGAACCACCCCGGCUCCACCGAUACAACCGCAACCUGAAUGCCUGGACUGUUAUAGCGAACCCUCCCUUUUGGUUCCUACUUGCGCCGAACACUGAACUCGAAUCACUGCUUCCUCCACCUCGGUCCUUGCCUUACUGCGACUUGAGUCGUUCGCUUUUCCGUACCAGCAGAUCUACCCACGAUGCUCCUACAAAGCCCCCUGGUCGAUUAACAACGUCCGGAAGAAGAUAGCCGGGGAGGAAUUAUUACAGACAAGAGAAGCACGCAUUUCCACAAAUCAUGUCAGGACAGUCUGCAGAAAAUACACCGUCCCUUGGAGCUGGGUCUGCGGACCAAUCUCAAUCCUCGCGUGACGGCUCUCCUGUCCGCAGUUCGCGCAAUGUGUCCGCCAUACCUCAACUCUCGAGAUCCCGGAAGAAUAGUCAAGAAUUCAGUCCUACUCGGAGUGCAGUAACCAGCACAAUCCCUUCUGCUGCCGCCGUCCAACGUGCACUGUCGGCCCAGAGACCCAUGCUGCAACCCUCUGGCCUCGACGGCUUGGUUGAGGGUGCUCGCUCUUCCGAAAGGCAGUUGAAAACGAAUGCACCCUCAUGGCCAACAUCUCCUCGUCUGAAAUCUCCACCUCCCAAUCCAAACAAAUCUACAGCGAGAGCUACUGCUAAAAGAAGCGAAUCGGAACCGACACCAUCAAACACAUCCUUGAAGCGACUGGCGACUGGUUCUCACCCUGACCAAACCGCUGCGAUGCAAGUUCCCGAAAACCAAGAAACAUUAUUUCAGCAUACCACUCUGCGGGCUCCCGGUCGAGGUCCUAGUGCGAGCGCAAGUGCACUAGAGACCGUGGCGGAGAGUAGUGUGCCUACGACGCCUUCUAUUGGGCCAGUCCAGAACCUACCCGAUCAGAAAAUCGAUGUGCCCAUCCUUGAUAAACAACCAGAACCCGGAGCAGACUCGUCAGCCAACAAAGAUGGUGAAGGGAGUGGCGGUGACGUCUCUUCCAAGCCUGGUGGCAGCAAGGCAGAGAAUGGUCGUAGAUCGAGAGCUCCCAGUGGUUCUCGCCCUGCCUCUGACCUAGCGAAACGCUCCUCUACCAGUCUUAACGGGCCUAAGACCAAAUCUACUUCAGAACCUCCCCGGACCAUGACAGUGGAGACUGAGACGGUGACUUCGAUGCCUCAACUGCUCGGCCCAGAUCGAGGUGUUUCUGGCCGAGACGGUAACGGCAGCGUACGCACCAAACCCAGCAACGAAACAAUUCGCCCGAAAAAGGAGAAGAAGAAGAGUUCUCGUAAGCCACCCUCGUUGCACGCUGGCACUGUCACCUCUAAAGCCGAUUUAUUCGAGGCCAAGGUUGCAAGUGCUGUGGACGAAGCCGAUACUUCCGACUCGGAUGAGACAUUUGUCUAUGAGUCCAACCCGCCCGACAGUCGACCACCUCGGCACCACUCCCGCACGCCCAGUGCCACUUCUCUGGCUAGCCAAGAACAAUACGGAGGUCGCAGCAAGCACGGGGUGCGCAGCGGUAGUCACGCGAUCGCCGGUAAGAAGAGUAUGAAAUUUUCGAAUAGCACAUACAACAAUCAUCUCGACGGGGACAAUGGCCCAGAAGCCAGAGGAAGCCAACGCAAUAGCAGUACUACCCCACGACAUCAUCACAUCAGCCGACACGGACGACCUCAUCACACAUCGAUCCUCGAUACAGAUUCUCCCUUCACUCAAACCAACAAGCCGAACUCUCCUCGAGCUUCUGCCAGCAACUUGGCUCGCCUUUCCCGGCCCAAUAGUCCCAGACUUGCCAAUGGACGCCUGACGGGGACCGCCCGCAAGGGCGAGCCUUACGACACGUACGACGAUGCUGCAGACGAUGAGAGAGCACCGUUGGUCGGAUCCGUACGUGUCAACCGCACUAGGUACAGUCGGCGGCCACAUAGUGCUUCAUUCCGGCAUCUAGAUUAUAGUGAUGCCUACGACCGAAGCUACUGCGGACGUUAUGGCGGUUGCAUCUUUCUGGGCGUGGUUAUAUUUCUGAUAUGUGUGGGCAUCACCACCUUUGUGAUGGCUCUCAACCUGCCUUUGCUGGAUGUUUCCAUCAAGCAUAUCCAGAAUGUGCUUGCGUCAGAACAAGAGAUUAUGCUGGAUUUGCACGUGGAAGCCACCAACCCUAAUCUCUUUGCCAUAACAGUGAAUGACCUUGAUAUCAAUUUGUUCGCCGAAAGUGCUUAUGUCAGUUCGGGCGCCGAAUGGAGAGAAGGAAACAGGAAAUUCAGAUGGAUUACCCGUCGAGAUCCUUCCAGCCUGGAUUUGAUGUGGCCUCCUUGGGAUUCGAAUGAUGGUGUGGAUGAGGGUACCGAUCCGAUAGACGAUCCCGAACCUGGAACUCAGAAGAUGUUGCUCGGAAGGAUCCUGGAAUUUGACUCGCCGUUGGUGUUCGAAGCAUCGCCCCUUCGCCGCAGCCACACUUCCUCGGUGGGAGAGAUUCGGCUGGCCAAGCCUGGCAACAAAACCGAAGAAGGAGGAUCGGCCCGCUGGGAGAGAGUCCUCCAACACCCGUUUGAUCUGAUUGUGCGCGGAGUGGUCAAAUAUCAGCUUCCUCUAAGUUCCAAGACGAGGUCAGCCAAGGUGGGAAGUCGGAUCAAAGUAUUGCCUGAUGAUGGUGAUACUGGCGAUCAGCCCGAUGAUGGCCCCAAACCCACGAAGGCAUCCGCGGAUGUUGGACAGCAGGCUGGAUUUACGACUUGACACGAAUUCCAUUUGUAACAUCACCAUGGCCCCGCAGGGAUGGGGCCAUUUGACGACCUAGAUACCCAAGAGAUCCAAAAAGCAGCGGGUUUGCAAGUAUACUUGGUUAUACGAUAAAUGGAUGGCGAAGACCGGUGAAAGCAAGGCUGCAAGGGAGGGGCAAAGUGCAUGGGAUGAAUGGACCGAUCCAGCUGCAAGUCAAGCAGCGGGACUAUCGCAUGUUUCUCUUCUGCAAGUGUCUUUAUAUAGUGGCCACGCUGGCAAACCUGCCCAUAACAGCAUGGAAACGACGGCAUAUGCC